AUGGGGUGGCGCACAGGCAGGUCGAGCACCGAGCUGCGCAAGGAGAAGUCCCGAGACGCAGCCCGCAGCCGGCGCAGCCAGGAGACAGAGGUUCUGUAUCAGCUGGCGCACACACUGCCCUUUGCGCGCGGGGUCAGCGCUCAUCUAGACAAGGCCUCCAUCAUGCGCCUCACUAUCAGCUACCUGCGGAUGCAUCGCCUCUGUGCCUCAGGGGAGUGGAACCAGGUGGGAGCAGGGGGCGAAGCGCUGGAUGCCUGCUACCUGAAGGCCCUGGAGGGCUUCGUCAUGGUGCUCACGGCUGAGGGAGACAUGGCCUACCUGUCGGAGAAUGUCAGCAAACACCUGGGCCUCAGUCAGCUUGAACUCAUCGGACACAGUAUCUUUGAUUUCAUCCAUCCCUGUGACCAAGAGGAGCUUCAGGAUGCCCUGAUGCCCAGGCAGAACCUGUCCAAGAAGAAACCAGAAGCCCCCACCCAGCGGUGCUUCUCCUUGCGCAUGAAGAGCACCCUCACCAGCCGCGGGCGCACCCUCAACCUCAAAGCUGCCACGUGGAAGGUGCUGCACUGCUCCGGGCACAUGAGGGCCUAUAAGCCCCCCGCACAGACUGCCCCAGCUGGGAUCCCCGACCUGGAGCCCCCCAUGAGGUGCCUGGUGCUCAUCUGUGAGGCUAUCCCCCACCCAGGCAGCCUGGAGCCCCCGCUGGGCCGGGGGGCCUUCCUCAGCCGCCACAGCCUGGACAUGAAAUUCACCUACUGUGAUGAGAGGAUUGCCGAAGUCGCUGGCUAUAGCCCCGAGGAUCUGAUUGGUUGUUCUGCCUACGAGUACAUCCAUGCCCUGGACUCCGAUGCAGUCAGCAAGAGCAUCCACACCUUGCUGAGCAAAGGCCAGGCCAUCACGGGACAAUACCGCUUCCUGGCUCGGAGUGGUGGCUACUUGUGGACCCAGACACAGGCCACUGUGGUAUCCGGGGGCCGGGGCCCGCAGUCUGAGAGCAUCGUCUGCAUCCACUUCCUGAUCAGCCGGGUGGAAGAGACAGGAGUGGUGCUCUCCCUGGAGCAGACGGAGCGACACUCUCGCAGACCAGUUCAUCGGGCCACGACCUCUCAGAAGGACACCCCCAGCCCUGGGAACCACCUCGACACUCAUGGUCCGCGGAUCCUGGCUUUCCUGCAUCCCCCAGCCCUGAGCGAGGCUGCCCUGGCCGCUGACCCACGUCGCUUCUGUAGCCCUGACCUCCGCCGCCUCCUGGCACCCAUCCUGGAUGGGGUUUCAGCAGCCGCCACCCCUAGCACACCUCCAGCUGCACGGCGUCCCCAGAGCCCUCUUCCGGCUGAUCUCCCCAAUGAGUUACUUGUGGAUGUGGAGAAAUCACACAAACUCUUUGCCUCUGGGAAAGACCCUGAGGCAGUGGAGACAGAUCUAGACAUAGCUCAGGACGUCAAUGCUCUGGAUUUGGAGAUGCUGGCCCCCUACAUCUCUAUGGAUGACGACUUCCAGCUCAACUCCAGCGAGCAGCUACCCAGAGCCCACCACAGACCUCCAGGGGCGGUCCCCCGGCCCCGUGCUCGGAGCUUCCACGGCCUGUCACCCCCAACCCCUGAGCCCUCUCUGCUGCCCCGCUGGGGAAGUGACCCCCGGCUGAGCUGCUCCAGCCCCUCCAGAGGAGACCCUUCAGCACCCUCCCCCAUGGCUGGGGCUCGGAAGAGGACCCUGGCCCAGCGCCCAGAGGACGAGGACGAAGGAGUGGAACUACUAGGUGUGAGACCCCCCAAGCGUCUCUCCAGCUCAGAGCCCGAAUACUUCCUGCUCCCUCCCAUCAGUCUGAGUUUCCUCCUGGCUGGAGGACCAGCUGUAGGGAGUCAGCAAGAUCCCAGCACCCACGUCUUGGACCUAAGUGAGUCCCUGGGCCUGGGACCCUCGCUGCUCUCUCUCUACUCAAAUGAGGACACUGCCCAGCCCAGGAGCCACUUCCCGCCGGCAGCAGGCUUGGCCAAAGUCAACUGA